GUGUGUUUCCUGGAGGGAUGUUGACUUUUCUAACCACUAUGCUAAUGCUAGCGGAAAACCACAGAGACAUCUUAUCCGUUUGAGUUGUUUAUCCACCUACUCGCGUGAAUUAUCUCAGCGCGCGCGUUUGCUCGCGCGCGAACGAGUUGUUUCAAAGUCGUUAGGUCGCCGCUAUCGCGUGAGGCUUGCUAGCGUUAGCUAAGGAAGCACCGCCCGCCCGCCUCCGCCCGCCUCCGCCCCCCUCACCGGUGUAACCUGUGACUGGAAGUUUCACCGAUGGACAGUUCGCUGGUUAAAGACAACCCGUUACUUUUACCGCUCAACGCCGAGCGAACUGUCUACGACGGGUUUGUCACCGUCCAGGAACGAGACUUCAGACUGAGAAUCCUGCUGCCACCAGAUCGUCAGCUCAAACGGGCAAAGCUGCAGUGCUGCUGGCUGUUAAAACACCUGUUGCGUGGAUAUGAGCACAUAGUGAAGCAGAGGCUGCAGCAGUCGGCCGAUCUUGUCACUUUCUUGCUGGAGCUGAAGACGGUCUUGGAAGUGGGUCUGAAGAGCCGCCCUGAGUGCAGCUCCAUCCCACCUCCGCAGUAUUACUCGCAGCUCAUCGCGGAGAUGGAGACCCUCGGGUGGAACAAGCUGCUUUUCAUAGACACAGAAUUACGAACAUUGAGACUGAAGGCGGAGGACUCCUCUGGACGGCAGCACAUUCUCACUAUUAAACUCAAGUCUAAGCACCCUGCGGAGGCGCCCGAAUGCUCAGCCGACCUGCCACUCCCUCUGGCUACAACAUGGACACCACAGAGUACUCUGCAGCAGCUCCACGACCAGUUCCUGGUGGUUUUGGAGUCCCUGACGGAGUUCUGGGACGUCCUGGAAGAGGUCGACGGCAACACCUGGAUUCUGGAGCCAGAAAAACCCAGUCGGUCCGACACCAUGAGGCGGAUCGCCAUCGGAAACAACGUAUCCAUUAAAGUGGAGGUGGAUCCCAGACACCCCAAGAUGCUGCCUGAGUGCUGCCUGCUGGGAGCCGAGCACGUUGUGACUCCGCUGAGGAAUAAACUCAACGCCAACAUGCACUUGUGGAACCCGGACUCCAGCGUCUUGCGCAACCUCCGGGAUGUUUUGGAGAUUGAAUUCCCAUCACCUGCCACCCACGAAAAAUCUGAUUUCAGCACUGAGUGUGGGAUUUGUUACUCCUAUCGUCUUGAGGCUGCGAUUCCUGAUCAAGUGUGUAACGAUCCUCGCUGUGGCCAACCCUUCCAUCAGGCCUGUUUAUAUGAGUGGCUGCGAGCGCUGCCCUCCAGCAGGCAGAGCUUCAGCACUGUUUUUGGAGAGUGUCCUUACUGCAGCAAGCCCAUUACUGUGAAGAUGUCGGCCCAGACGUCCUGAAAAGAGGCAUUGACUUCCUCUCAGCUCCGUCUCCACUUUGAGGAGAAGACGGUAGCAAAACCGGUCAAACUCUUAGUCGUCUUCAUGAAAAGGGUUUAAAUUCCCUUUGGCAAACUCCGAGGAACCAACCACCCAAGAAAAGGGAGACGCCGACAAAGACGAACCAGUGCAGCAGUCCUUUCCUCUGUGUGGGACUUGCUGCCCCUCCUGCACCCGUGAGAGCCGACCUUCCCCAGUCACCAGAGCCGUACGUGGUACUGUCCCACCACUGCUCCUGGCUGCAGGCUUCUCUGUGGCUGUGCAGCCGCUCAUCCCACCUUCCCCUGCUGUCCCAGUGUGUUUGGCUCUUACUGUCACAGCUCGGGCGUACGUGUUGUCUCCCUUGCAGGCCGACACCUCGCUCCUCAGUCGGGACGUCCCGUUUCCUGGAAGUCCUUUUGUUUUCGGCUUUCUGUUAGAGAGGAUAAUCCAAGUGUUUGCUCUUUUAGAACUAGCAAUAACAAGAACUGUUCUGCUGUGCUAUGUGAAAACCUUUAAAAUAAACAUGUGAAAGAAAAA